AUGGAUACAGUUAAGCCUUUAUCUAUUUAUUAUCAAAACGUAAGGGGCUUACGAACCAAAUCUCAUGACUUCCUAAGUAAUAUUUUAAAUUGUGACUACGAUAUAAUCUGCAUCACGGAAUCCUGGCUGAAUGAUAGUUUUUAUAGUUCAGAAUUUUUCGAUAAUAGAUUUGAAGUAUUUAGAUGCGAUCGCGAUCCACUCGCGAGCGGCAGUGCUCGCGGGGGGGGAGUUAUAGUCGCCGUACGCCGCUCGCUACAGCCCAGUGAGCAAUCGGGCUGGCGCGCGCCGCCGCCCGCAGACGAGGUAUGGGUGAGCGUGCCGCUGCGCGCGCGUGAGCUGCACAUAGGAUGCACUUAUAUACCUCACGGUAACCAUCAUCAGCAUUUACUCACUUCUUUUUACGAUAGAUCUUGUGAUAUUAUUCACGCUCAUACCAACGAUGUGUUUUUAAUAAUAGGAGACUUCAAUGUCACUCACGCAGAAUGGUACUAUGAUGAUAAUACAAAUAGUAUGAACAUUAAGCCAACUAAUGAACUUUUUACAUCGCUAACUAGUGAUUUUAUGAAUCUCUCACUUCUAUCCCAAUUUAGUUCCGAGCUUAACAUUAAUAACAGAUUGUUAGACUUGGUUUUUUGCAACGAGACUUGCACCGUGACCUCAUGUUUGCAUCCACUCGUGUCUGAAGAUAGUCAUCAUAAAUCCCUUGACAUAGAAAUAUCUUUAAACAAAAAAGAGACACUAAAAAGUAACACUUUUAUUAAAAAAAUGUUCUAUAAAUCUGACUUUGAUAACAUAAAUCUAUGUUUAAAUUCAAUAGAUUGGGACAAAACUUUCUCGACUUUAUGUGCUGUUGAAUCCAGAGUUAACUAUUUCUAUGAAAUUCUGUAUGACCUUAUUAAUAAAUAUGUACCGCAACGCGUUGUCAGAGACUCAUACAAGUACCCUCCUUGGUAUACCCGUUCACUUAUUAAGGUUAGCAAUGAAAAACGAAAAUAUCAUGGAAAAUGGAAAACAUAUGGCAACCACAUAGAUUAUAUACAAUUCUCUUAUCUUCGACGAAGAUUUAGGAAAAUGGAACGUGAUUGUUAUAAUACCUAUAAUAUUAUUUCGGAGGAUAGGAUAAGAUAUAAUCCAAAUUUUUUCUGGUCUUACGUAAAAUCUAAAUAUAAUAAUAGUGACAUACCAGAAAAAAUGAUUUUUGACAGUAAAAUUUAUACACACGGUAAUGACAUUUGCACAGCAUUCAACACAUACUUUCAUUCUGUUUUCAUACCACAAACAAAUAAUUGUCAUUCCAACACUACACUUCCUGUGCACUGUGACUAUGCACCCAUUGUUGACAUUAAUUCUAUUAACCUUAACGAUGAUAUUAUAUUAAAGGAGCUUAAAUCUGUUAAUAUUCGUAAAAGCGCAGGCUAUGACAACAUACAUCCCAUAUUAAUCUCUAGGUGCGCUACUGCACUAUUGAAACCUAUUUCUUAUAUUUUUCGAGCUUCUAUAGAAUCCGGUAUAUUCCCCAAUAUUUGGAAACAAGCUCUUAUUACUCCUAUACCUAAAAAUACACAAAAACACCUUAUCACUCAAUAUA